UCUUCACUACACUGCCUUUUCAGUCUCUCUCUUUCUCUCUCUCUAGACUCCUCUUUAAUUACAAACCAUAGCAUAACCCUAAAUUAAAACCCAAAUAAAUGAAUUCUGUUCUAUUUGGACGCAAAUUAGGGCUGGAUCGCUCCACUGCCGCCUCAUCUCUCCUCGAUUCUCCGAUUUCCAGGCGACUCUCCGGUAGCGAUUCCGAUCAGAUGGAUGGUGAAGCUAGUGAGCGCCAACCUAAGCAAGAACGCUUAAGGACUAGAUGGACGGCAUCCCUUGAUAAGAUAUUUGCAGAUCUGGUUGUUGAGCAGAUUCAACUGGGGAAUAGACCAAACAAUGUCUUUGACAAGAAAACAUGGAACCAUGUGCGUGAUGAAUUCAAUAAACAAACUGAUCUUAACUUUAAUAACAACCAAUUGAGGAAGCAUCUGGAUGUUUUGCGGACACGUUACCAUAAUGUGAAGUCUUCUUUUGAUCAAAAUGAUUUUGUUAUAGAUGAUUCUUGUUGCAUUGGGUUUGAUCUGUGGGAAGACAUUGGGGCUCAAACUAAGCCUGAGACAACGAAGAUCAAGGAGUGUCCCAUCUAUGAGCAGCUAUGCACAAUAUUUGCAGACUCGGGAGCUGAUGGAAAGUAUGCCCAAUCGAGUCACUUUGAAGAGUUGGACAAGUCUACUGGGACAGAUCCUGCGAAGUUAAAUUCAUAUCUAGAAAGUGGAACCCCACAUGCUGAAACUCCGUCAUCCUCAAAAUUUGCGCAAGGAAAUGUUUUUUCAGCACAAAACCCAAGCAAGAAUGUAGCAGAGAGAAAGAGAAAACGUGGAUCAGAGAUGGGCUCUGUUUCAGGACAAACCAAGAGGGACCACGAAAUAAAUGAGGCCAUGGCAGAGGCCAUGUUAGAGAUGCUUACUGCUUCGCAGUUGAGGGAAGUUGCAAUGCCUAAGCAGGAAGAUAGCUUUGCAAUAACUAAUUGCAUAAAAGCCUUGGACGAAAUUGAAGAGAUGGAAGGGAUUGACAGCCAUCUCUACUUUACUGCUUUGGACCUUUUUGAAGAUUCCAAUGUAAGAGAGACUUUUGUUUCUCUUAAAAGCAAUCAGGUUAGGUUGACAUGGUUGAAGGGGAAAUGUGGUAAUGGCACCUCUAAUUUAAGCUAAUGAGUUUUUGAGCUACUUAAUAGUGUAAAGAUCAUCUUCUAGUACAGUACUAAGUUUUGUUACAAAUGAAUGGUAAUUUGUAAGAUGUUUUGGCAAUGGCACCUUGUGGGACGUUCUCAUACUGUGUUGACAGUUGCAGGACCUGGUGUAUGUUAACUUAUUGUGGUUGGUUGCUAUCUAGAGGACAAAGUUCACAGUGGCCAAAUGCUAUUAUGUGAGCUUGUGCACAAUUAUACAAAUUUUGGAACUAAGCUAGCUGAACCACGCUUGAACAAGUGAGUUUGAGAUCCACUGUUUUUCAUGAUAUGAAGUGCAUUCUGAUGUUUCUGAAAGGACAGACAACAAACAAUGGUAGUGUCCACUAGAAGAUCCAUUUUUAACUUGGACAGGGACUGACCUCUUCUCUUCUAUUUUUUGUAUCUUGAUGUGUACAUAGUUUUAUUGGAGAUAUAUAUCAGUUAAAAGCAGUGGACAUUUUCAUUA